CAAAACAAAAAAAAUGGAGAAGGAAGGAUACGUCAUGUGUGAGAAAUUCGAAGGAAGGAAGAAUCAAGAAUCCUAAAGAAAGCAAAGGAGCAGCGAUGAAAUCGGUCAUCCGAAAACAACGGAUGGAUCUGUCGAUAUUGUUUUUGGAAGUCCUCAUCGAAUCAACGUCGAUGUUUCUUGUAAAACUCUCUUAUCUUUCUAGCAAAAUCGACGUCCUGUUUUAUAAAUAACACCAAAUCCAGCAAUGGAGGAUAAACAGCUAGGGGUUAUGAGAGUUCAUGUGAAAAGAGGGAUUAAUCUCGCGAUUCGUGAUUCCACGACCAGUGAUCCUUAUGUUGUUGUCACAUUGGCUAAUCAGAAAGUGAAGACGCGUGUGAUCAAUAGUAACUGUAAUCCAGUGUGGGACGAACAACUGGCCCUUACCAUCAAAGAUGUGACUGAUCCAAUCCGUAUGACGGUGUAUGAUAAAGACAGAUUCUCUGGAGAUGACAAGAUGGGUGACGCGGAAAUAGACAUGAGGCCGUUCCUAGAAGCGCACCAGAUGGAGUUGGACUUCCAAAAGCUCCCCAAUGGUUGUGCAAUCAAGAGGAUCCGUCCAGGGAGGACCAAUUGUUUGGCUGAAGAGAGCAGCAUCACUUGGAGCAAUGGGAAGAUCAUACAAGACAUGAUUCUUAGAUUAAGGAAUGUGGAGUGUGGUGAAUUGGAGAUCAUGCUUGAGUUGGCUGAUGGUCCAGGCUGCAAGGGUCUUGGACGAGAAGGAUCGAAGAAGACAUCAUGGAUGCAAACAAAACAAUUGGACUAAGAUGCAGAAAUGAUGAACAGAGACGUUGAAGAUGUGGGUGUUGUUUUUUUCCUUCUGUUCAUGCAAAGACUAGUUCGUCUUUGUCUCAUCAGACUUUUUUUUUGGUUUUGUAAAAAGUCUCUGCUUCGGUCUUUAGUUGUACAUGUUGAAUAUAACCAUAAACCCUUACUAUAUAUUUGUAUGUUUUUACUAUUGAAGAAAUAAAGCAAACCCUGAAAUUCUAGAACCU